AUGGCUAAAAUCAAGAAAAGUCAGGGUAAAAUUUUGGCAUUAGAAGAUAACAAUGAUUUGUGGAUUAAGGAUAGUGCCUACUUGAAAAGAUUAGCAAUAGAGUAUUUUAAGGAGGUCUUUCAAUCUAGACUGCACUCUUUAGUUGGUGAGGAUGCCUAUAGUCCCAAUUUUUAUUUAACUGACUCAAAUUGUGCUGCCAUGUCUCAGAUUCCUUUUUUUGAUGAAGUUAAAGAAUACAUAUUUAACAUGAACCCUAUGAAAUGUCCGGGUCCAGAUAGGAUACAACCUCGUUUCUAUCAGAACAUUUGGUCAGAUUUAGUGUCUACUAGUGCCAAUAAAUCCUAUAUAUCUCUAAUCCCUAAAGUGAAUAAUCCUUCAAAACUCUUGGAAUUUAGGCCUAUAGAGUGGUAUUUCAUCAAGGAUACCCUGGACUUUUUUAAGUUCCCUGCUCCUCUAAGUAAGCUCAUUUUGAAUUGUAUUUGCUCUCCUAAGAUUGAUGUGUUGUGGAUUGGUGAGAUCUGUGAGUCCUUUAGUCCUAACCGUGGCAUAAGGCAAGGAGAUCCCUUAUCCUCAUACAUCUUUGUGUUAUGUCUUGAGAGACUUUCAUUUAUGAUUGAGCAUCAUGUAAGUAGGGGUUUAUGGAAGCCAAUCAAACUCACCCCCUUGAUAUAUAUGUCCCAUUUCUUCUAUGCGGAUGAUGUUUUUCUUUUUGGAAACUCUUCAAGGGAGAAUAUCAAGGAGAUGAUUAAGGUCAUUAAUUCUUUUAGUGAUAGCUCGGGGUUAAGGAUCAAUCAAGGCAAGUCUUCCUUGAUUUUCCUUCCUAAGAUGAAUCAUUUGGUUAGAUCUGAAACUGCCCAUUAUUUUGGUUUUAGAUGUACUACUUCCUUUGGCAAAUAUUUCGGCAUUAAAAUCAGCCCGAAAAAGCUCAAAAUUUCUCACUAUUUGGGGCUUUUAGACAAGACCAUGGAUAGGAUUAAAGAUAGGAUUGAACAAAGGUGUCAAAAAUUUCUUUGGAAUAAAGUUGAUAAUAUCCAUAAAAGUCCUAGGUUGGGAUGGAAGUAUGUAAUCAUGCCUUUAGCAGUAGGUGGUCUAGGCAUUAGAAGACUUAGGGAGUGGAAUUUGUGUUUCAUGGCUAAAUUGGGUUGGACUAUUUUAAAUAAUCCCUUUAAGUUUUGGUUAUGGAAGGAUAUUCUUAAAGGUAGAAUGCUUCUUGUCUCUGGUCUUAGAAUUGGCAUUGGCAAUGGUGCUACCACUUCAUUAUGGUAUCAUCAUUGGGUGGGAAAGGGUCCUAUUUAUCUUCUUAUGACCGAUGAGGUUCCCCCCUUUAAGGCUCAUUGGCUAGUUCAUAACAUUAUUAGGGACAGGGGUGAGCAGAAAUUCCGGGUAUCCGGUGUUGGAAUUGGAACCGGGUGGAAGUGA